AUGAACUUCUUCAUCUUCGGGCACAACAUCUCCCACACCCUCUCUCCAACCCUCCACAACACGGGCUUCCGAGAACUCGCCCUCUCACACCAUUACCACAUUCACCAGACUGAGAGCGUCGAUGCCUCAGUGAAGACGAUCAUCAAAGCCGAUGACUUUGGCGGCGCAUCAGUCACAUUCCCGCACAAACUACAGAUCGGUAAACUCCUAGAUGCAGUCACUCCCUGCGCGCAAAAGAUUGGGGCUGUGAAUACUGUCAUCGUCGACGAAGGCUCGGAGAAGGGACGGAGGAGGCUUGUGGGCGAUAAUACAGACUGGCAUGGAAUAAGGAGGUGCAUCGAGCGCAGCGGGAUAUCAGAUCUUCGCUCUUCAACUGCGUUGGUUCUGGGUGCUGGUGGGGCGGCUCGCGCUGCUUGCUAUGCGAUCCAGGAGUUGGGGAUCACGCAGCUGCUUGUGGUGAACCGGACGAUAUCGAAGGCGGCCGAGAUGGCGGAACAGUUCCCUGCUCUCGACUGCCAGGUAUUUGAAACCUUAGAAGACGCCGUAUCUGCUGAAAGGGAGCGAGAGGGCUUGGACAGACUUCCUUUGAGAGUUAUUGUCGCCUGUGUUCCCGCGGAUGACCUUGGCGAGGAGAAGAUACCUGCAGGGCUGUUUGCUGCUGAGAAGGGAGUUUUGGUUGAGAUGGCAUAUAGACCGCAGGUUACUGGUAUGAUGAAGAGGGCAUCACGGUAUCCGGGCUGGACAAUGUCCAGGGGUAUUGAUGUACUGGAGGAACAAGCUUAUGCCCAGUUCGAGUUGUGGACUGGGAAGGAGGCACCUGUCGAGGUGAUGAGGGCUGCUAUGCAGGCUAAGAUCAAGGAGAGAGGAUAG